UCCCGCUAACACUUUCAUGUAUAAAUAAUUUACACUCUUGUGUAACAAAUAUUAAUUUCAUGUAGUUUCAGAAUGAAUUUAGUGCAUUCUAUUGUGGAACGUGAGAAAGGAUCUGUAUUAAUACGUGAUUAUGAUGUUGCUUUAUAUCGUUUGAAAUGUUACGAAGAUGAUGUAUAUCGUGGUAUAACACCAAACAUAAAUGCAUUAGAUUUUAAUCCCGAACCACCAGUUUUUGCUUGUCGAUUUUGCACUACAGAGGGAUACGAACAAAUAAUUGCUUUAGCAAAUGAAGAUGGAAAAAUUGCAUUACAAGAUACAAAUAUCAAAAGUAUGUCAAAUCAACCAUUGGAAGGAACACAGGCACAUUGUAAUGCAAUAUUUGAUAUUGCUUGGAUGCCAGGAGAAUUAAAAUUAGUUACAGCAUCUGGGGAUCAUACUGCUAGACUAUGGGAUGUAUCUGGUUCUGAAAUAAGACAAAUUGAUUAUUUUCAUGCUCAUACAAGAAGUGUUAAGACUGCAGUGUUUCGUUACCAAGACCAAGCUGUAUUUGCAACCGGAGCUAGAGAUGGAUCUAUAAUGGUUUGGGAUAUUAGAGCUAAUCAUUAUGAAAGACCUAAACCAGAUAAUUGUAUUGCCAAUGCACAUAAUGUUGGAACUAUAAACAAUAUGCGGCAACGUAGAGCAAUCUGUCAUGCAUCCCGAGCACAAAGCAUUACUGGUUUGGCAUUUCAAGAUGAUUUUACUUUACUUUCAUGUGCUGCUGGAGAUGGUUUGAUAAAAGUUUGGGAUUUACGUAAAAACUAUACUGUUCAUAAAAAAGAUCCCUUGGCCAAACAUACAAUGAAUUACACUGGACAUAGUACAAGGAAUGGAUUUUCAUCAUUAUUAAUAUGUCCUGCAAGAAUUACAUUAUAUGCAAGUUGCAUGGAUAAUAUUAUAUAUGCAUAUAAUAUAUCAUCUUAUAAUUCAAAACCAAUUGCGGAAUUCUAUGGGCAUCAAAAUCGUACAUAUUAUGUUAAGACAUGUUUAAGUCCUGAUGGACGUUAUAUUGCCAGUGGUUCCAGUGAUGAACUUGCAUAUAUUUGGCGUACAAAUAAACCAGGAGCCCCAGUUGUACAACUCUCCGGACAUACAGAAGAAGUUACUUGCAUUGCCUGGUGUAACGUUGGAGAAACAAAAAUAGUAACAUGUUCUGACGAUUCAUGUCACCGAAUUUGGAGAGUUGGUUAUGAACAUAAACUAGAUAAUGAAGAAAUACAAAUACGUGGUCGCGCAGAAGCGAUUUUUAAUAAGAAUCCGUUAGAAAAUCUAAAACUCGAAACUACACCUACAGUUACGCGGCGUUGGGUUUCAUCUCAAGAACACACUCCGGGGUCUGAUACAACACCUAAUGCUACACCUGGACCAAGCUCAUCAGAUGCUUACAAUCAAAUAGAAGAUAAUCAAAAUCAAUGCAAUAAUAUUGCGUCAAUGAAAAGAAGUUAUUCCCGAAUGAUGUGUGGAUCAUGGUCUGAUGGAAAAGUUAAAUCAGUUUUAUCUCCUAUACAAGAAAAUCUUACAUUCGUUACAAAACGUGUCCAUUUAGAAAAUCGUGGUGCACGGAGAUUAUUUAGUUCAUGUAAUGAUAAUAGUUUAUUAUUGAACAGAGGUUACGAAUCUGAUGAACCAAGUACAAGUUCAUCCAAUAUAGAAAAUAAAAGUAGUGAAAUUCGUUUUUCACCUACAUUAAAUCUUCCAAAUUUUGUAAUUGACGGUACAGCGCCACAUUUACUUCAAUUAUCUCCAGAGAAAUACAAAGAAAAUGUUGAUUGGUUAACAAGAAUACGAAAAGAAAAGUAUGAACAAAAAGUGAGGAAAACAGUGUCAGAAAAAUUGACUAGCCCAGUUUCUUACAUAACGUUUGCUAGGAGAAAUACUAGAUCACGAUCGACAGAACCGCAGAAAAUAUCUAAAGUACCAAGAAGUCCAGCUCUCUCUUUAUUAAAUUUUUUUAAAAUUACUGGAAAGGACUGUGAAACAAAUAUAUGUUGUGAUGAUGCUAAUGUAAUACCUUCCACAAAAUCUUAGAA